ACAUGAAGAUUCCAUGAAUGUCACUGCAAGAGUUUUAUUUAGUUCGCAGAUUUUGCAAGCUAGCUGACUAAACUGUCACUUGAGCCGUUAGCCUGCUAGCCUAAUGGUCGGGUGUUAAUGCAACUUACUGCAGAUAGAAAUUACUGAAAUUACUUUGUUUUAUUAAUUCAUGCGUAUGAAAGAUGAUUUUUCUUGAACAGAUUAACUGAAUCAACUGACGAAGCAAUUUGGUUACUGCAGGCAUAGUCAGCUAGCUUGUGAAGUCCUCAUAGAGCUAACGUUGCCUUGUAUUGCUUCUCAGAUUACCACAUCUCUUUCUUCUAAAUAAUAUUUUGCUCUAACUCGUAGUCUUUGGUUUUUAGAAUUGAUAUGCUGGCACCACCGAUCCCUACUAUCAUGCCGGCUCUUCUGGAGAGGCCCAAACUGUCCAAUGCUAUGGCACGUGCCUUACAUAAGCACAUUAUGAGAGAGAGGGAGCGGAAGAGACAAGAGGAGGAAGAGGUGGACAAAAUGAUGGAGCAGAAACUAAAAGAAGAAGAAGAGAGGAAGAGGAAGAAAGAGAUGGAGGAGAGAAUGUCCUUAGAGGAAACAAAAGAGCAGAUUAUGAAGAUGGGAGUGAAGCUGCAGGGUCUUCAAGAGGAGAAGCACCAGCUUUUUCUGCAGCUGAAGAAAGUCCUACAUGAGGAGGAGAAAAGACGUCGGAAGGAACAGAGUGACAUGACAACUCUGACCUCGGCAACAUACCAGCCAAACAUGGCCAUCCACAGUGGGCCGCACCUUCUCAGCAUGCAAGGGCAGUCUAGUCAUGGGCGUCCUGGUGCUCUUCUUGGGGAACGCAGUAAACAGCUCUUCCAGUCUCCAGUCAUUCCUACGCGUCAUUUCCAGUCUCAGCCAGGAUUCAGUGCAGCUGGAACAGAGCAUGGCCAGUACUCUGGAGCCCAGCCGAGUCAUAGCCCCUAUGGAGUCACCCAGUCGCAGCAUACAUCACCUUUUGCCUCCAGUCAGCCGGUGCCAGCCAAUUAUGCCAGUGGUUCACAACUUAGAGGUGCAUCAGCAUUCCAGACCAUGCAGUACUUGCCCCAUCAACAGCAAGGUUAUGCGGUCCACAGUCACUUCACCUCUCAGCCAGGUUAUAUCCCCAGCGCUGGGAUUCCCCUGCAGAAACAGUUGGAGCAUGCUAACCAGCAGUCGGGCUUCACAGACUCUAGUCCAUUGAGGCCCAUGCAUCCACAGGCUCUGCAUGUAAGCGCUGCAGGUUUGCUGCCUACUGCUUCUAUUGCUGUCCAGAUCCCUCCUGGCAAGUCUGGCUUGCCGUAUGCUCAUCCACCAAGACCAGCUUCUCCAGGUGCGUUCACACAUGGAACGCCCUCACAACAAGCACAUGCGGCUACAUUUCAAAGCUCUUCUCAACCAAGCCCUCGCCACACCUACCUUUCUCACAGCCAGUCAGGGCAGAGGUUUUACCACCAUAGCAAAUAGAUUUUAAUUUCAGUCUAAUGCAGAAUGUAAGGCUGUGAAGAUAAGAUCUGCCACUAACACUUUGGAGCCUUUUGGAUUAAAGCUACAUAGCGCACAACACUUGGCAUCAAAGUGUUACGAUAUAGAACACAUGACUGUAUUAGGCCAUUUUCUCUGUUAUUCUUAAGCUGUUAGACUUCCCUUUGCAACAGGGUAUGCCAUAUUUCAUUAUUACAGUGGGAUGUGUCUGAAAGUUUCUUCAGCUGUGCCAACAUUAGUAACAUUAUAAUACUACCACUAAAUGGCACAACUAAAAUUAAAUCUGGUUUUAAAACUAACUAAACAAUAUAGGAACAGACUAAAUUUUAUUUCCAUGUUCUGUAACAGAUCUCCCACUCUGUGCUCUCUAUAACUUGCAUUAACAUUUGAUGAAUACACCUUUUCCCAACUUCAAAGAGCUGGAAAAUAAUAUUUUCAUAUGAUUUUAAAUUGCAAAUGUGACGUUUUUAGCCAACCGACUGAAUUUCACAAAACUGCACUUAAAAAUAUGAAUAUUAUUAAUAAUCUGUUUAAAAGAACUUGUUAAAAUCCUAAAUAAAAAGCUGUGUGGGAAAAAAAAUA